AUGAUGGAUAAAUCUCUGUCAGAAACCAACUUAGAUGGUAUUUGCAGUAAAGACACCACACCACCAAAUUUCACAUCGCUUCGAUACAAAAGAAAACGGGAUGAGGUUGGCUCUGCAGAUUUUAGGAUCUUCCAGGAAGAGAUGAGAGAUAUGAUCAAAUCACUUUUUUCCGUGCAGGAACAAGAGUUAAAAAAGAUUGCCCCCACACUCAAGGACAUACAACAGUCGUAUCAAAAUAUUGAGAAAACGAUUGCAUUCUUGUCUGCACAGAAUGAAGAAUUUAAAGAAAAAAUUUUUAAAUUGGAAACUCAAGUUAAGGAAGACAGAACGUAUAUUGGUGUUUUAGAAGAAAAAAUAGAGGACUUACAGAGAGGAAGUAGAAAAUUGAAUUUUGAAAUAAAAAAUGUUCCAAAGAAAAGUACUGAAACGAAGGAAGAUUUAAUUGCAAUGGUCAAUUGUUUGUCAAAAUGUGUUGGUAGUAGCUUAACUAAUGCGAAUAUAACAGACAUAUAUAGAGUGCGUGGGAAAAGAGAGGGCAUUACUAACACACCAAUCGUUGUUGAAACCUCUUCUACCAUACUUAAGUCUGAUAUCUUGAGGUUGUGUAAAAUGUAUAAUGUUAAACACAAAUCUAAAUUGUGUGCCAAAAAUCUAGGAUUCCGCACCUCAGAAGACACUCCUAUAUUUGUAUCAGAUCAACUUACCCCUAAGGGAGCCCGUCUUUAUUUUCUUGCUCGUGAACUGGUGAAAACGAAGGCAUACCGAUUCUGCUGGACAGCGUUUGGGAAAAUUCAUGUAAGAAAGGACGAAAACUCCCCUAUCAUUACUAUAAAAGAUGAAGCUCAGAUCUCAUACCUAUUACGUGGAGCAUGA